AUGAAUACCACUUCAGGGCCGAUGGCUCCCGGGCCAUCCCUAUCUCAUGACUGGGCCGACGACCGCAACGAUCCCAGGCUGCGUGGUUACAGCUCGCAUACACCGUUAACUCAGGCUCAGACAGAAUCCUCUGCGCAUUCAACCGAACUGUCGCCUGACAGAACAUCAUCAAGUGCACAGAAAACGCGCUCAGCACUUGGGCUGAAUCCACAAGCUCCUAUCGAUGAAGAGCACGAUCAUGGCGCGCGAUCUGAACUGUUAUGGUCGAGGAUACGAACAGUACUCAGAGAACCAUUUGCCGAAUUCUGGGGUGUUGCUAUCAUGGUGAUGUUUGGUGAUGGCUCAGUGGCGCAGGUCCUGCUGUCUUCUGGACAGACCACAGCACCUGGCGGGAAUGGUUUUGGGCACUGGGCCCUGGGUGUUAUGCUGGGCAUCUAUGUCGCUGGCGACUCAGGAGCAUACCUCAACCCCGCUAUUACCUUCAGCAAUUGCCUCUUUCGCCAACUUCCAUGGCGGCGGUUUCCCGUCUACUUCGUAGCUCAGAUACUUGGUGGAUUCGUCGGAAGCGGCAUCGUCUACGCUAACUACAUCUCUGCAAUCGACUACUUCGAAGGUGGCUUGCGAACAGUACCACCGGCGGAGAAGGCUACUGCCGCCAUUUUCUGCACAUACCCACAAGCCUUUCUCCCAAAGGCUAGCCAGUUCUUUUCAGAGUUUAUCGCAAGCGCGUUGUUGAUCAAUAAUGGCGUUCCCAAGGACGACAAGUGGUUCCCCUUGUGUCUCUUCUUCCUCAUCUUCGGUCUCGGUUCGUGUUUUGGCUGGGAAACAGGAUACGCCAUUAACAUUGCUCGUGAUUUUGGCCCGAGACUGAUGUCGUAUGCUGUGGGUUAUGGCAGUGAGGUUUGGUCCGCUGGUGGAUAUUAUUUCUGGACUAGCACUGAUGAAGAUUAUCAGAUACCCAUGGUAGCACCAUUUCUCGGGUGCGCUUUCGGUGCUGCUCUCUACGACAUCUUCAUCUACACAGGUCCUAGUCCCAUCAAUACACCGUGGUUGGGCUUGAAGCAUUUGACGCCAAAGUUCGCCAUGAGAGCAAGGAGGGAACAUUUGAGGAGAGAGAAGGACGAGGGUAUUGUAUGA